AUGGCGGAGUUGCUGCUCAAACAGAACACAAUCCUUGCGCAACGUAUGCUAGCCUUUGACAUGUCAAAUGUCGGCAUGACACAAAGUCAGGCUCAGCUCGCGAUGACCCUUCCAGGCGCUGUAUAUUGGAACUCUUCGGCAAUAUCUGGCAGUUCUCCUUACGGAGCUGGAAUCGACCAACCUUUGAGUACAGAUCCUGGUCCGCCCAUACCUUCAGACCCUAAUCUUGCAAAGCGCAAUACCCGAGGAUUUGCUUUCGAGGAACUGCUAAUGAAUUCUCGAGCAUACCGCAACGCGGCGCGCAACAAUACGGACGCACUCUCAGUUGCUACUUCUGCUGGUAGGACUGCCACAUGGUCUAUGUUGUCUGGAAUCAGCCUAUCAGAAACGUCAAAUAUUGCGAUUUUGGCUUUGCCAGUCUAUGAAGUGGAUCUGAAUGACAAAAACAUCUAUAACUUUGAGCCGCCGCGGACGGAAGACCUCAGUACUCUACCGUCCUCUGAUCUGACACGUCCAGAGAAUGUCUCAUCAAGCUCACAUCGGAGGGUUAAGGAUUGGUGGAAAUCCAUUAACAAGACAGAUCAGUCUCUGACUUCACCACUUGCAAUAUCUGCAGAACCUGAGCAGCAUAUAUUUGAUGUUAGGCUCGCUGAGAGCAUAAGGCAUGCUAAUGUUGCAAUAUCUCUCACCAACGAGCAGGGUGAAGCAUUUAUUUACGGCUAUAUACCAAUCAUCGUUGCAAAAGUAUGCGUUUAUCUCAAAGAGAAAGGGAUCGAUGUUCCGGAAGUCUUCGCCCACAACGGCAACGCCCUGAGAGUGCAAAGGUUGUACACAGCGUUCGGACUAUUACCCCGAUAUGGUAAAGGAUUAGACUGGACCGGAUACACAGUCUUUGAUGCAGCUACGAUCAUGCUUCGAUACCUCAAGUCACUACCGGAGCCAAUAGUACCUUUUGCGUUCUAUACGAGGUUCACUGAACCCUUAAGACAACUCGCUAUAUCGCCGAAUCUCAAUGUUGACUCUGGGAAGCAUAAAGAAGUACUGAAAAUCUACCAGGGCCUCGUGAGACUACUUCCUUCGCUUCACAGACAGCUCUUACUUUACCUACUUGAUCUUCUAGCUGUUUUUGCGAGCAAGUCCGAUCACAAUCGGAUGACUGCAGACCGCUUAGUGGUAUGUUUCCAGCCGUCACUGAUAUCUGCACCUCCAGAAAAGAUGGACGAAGCGGAGCAUAAACUCGCUGCAGAUGUGGGUAGCUUUCUGGUCAAUUGGCAAGACCACUUUCUGAUCGGCUAG